CAUCUGUUUUGUAAAAUUAAAGGAUAUUUUUCAGUUUACCACAGAAUACAAAUUUAAACUUAUUAAACUGUCAAUAGGAUAUAUAUUGGAAUGUUUACUCCCAUAAAAAGACAGUGUAACAAUGCUGUUAAUGAAAUGGCUUCACCUAGAACGCCAGAGACCCCGCUGAGUUUUAGCCGCGAAUUGCGUCAGGUGUUGCAGGAGCGUAAUCUACUGACGGUGAAAACACGGAAUAAGGUAUGUUCCAUGUUGGCCGGAGGUACAGGAAAUUCACCAAUUUCCAACUCUCCUAAUACCGAAAUGGAUAAGAGGCGUAAUUUUCGUCUUCAAGCCGUACAUGAAAUUGUUACAUCCGAAAAAACUUAUUUGCAGCAAUUAGAAAUUUUAAUGCAAUAUUUUGUAAAGCCUUUGAAGGAACAACACAUCAUAGAUGAUGCCAGUCACACUACACUCUUUGGUCAAAUUGAAAUGAUCUACAAUUUGAAUGGGGAAUUUCUAAGGGAACUGGAAUCGGACAUGGAUAAUGUGGCCCAGGCUUUUCUGAAAAUGGCUCCAUUCUUUAAACUUUACUCGGUGUAUGCCUUCGACUAUCGCAAUGCUUUGUUGGUGUUGCAGGAGUUGACUUCGAAAAAUGCUGCAUUUCGCAAAUACUUGGAAUUGAAUGAAUCUCGUCCGGAGGUACAACGUAAACUUAAUUCUUUAAUGAUUGUGCCCAUACAAAGAGUGCCACGCUAUAAACUACUCUUGGAACAGGUGUUAUUGUACACAAGUCCAGCAGAUGCUGACUUUAAAGUGCUCAAAGAAUCGGUGAAACAAAUUGAAAGUACUGUAUCACACAUAAAUUCCUGUGUAGAAGAUCAAGAAGUCAUACAACUUGUAAUUAACUUACAAAAUUCUCUAAUAAAUCGUUCACCCAAUAUUGUCAAGCCUUCACGUAAGGUUAUUAAGGAGGGUGUUUUGCAUAAAGUCACCCGUAAUGGCAGCGAAAUAAAACGCUAUUGCAUACUCAUGUCCGACAUUUUUAUGUAUUGCAAGAUUAUUAAGGAUCGAACACCCAAUACAAUUGUGGAAAAUUCUCUGGAAUGUUGCUGUAUAUUCCCUUUGAAGAAAUGUAAAGUCUAUGAAUUGUUACCGGGCAAUUUUAAAAUUACCUGCCAGAGUGAUGGCAUUAUAUUCACUUCGCCAGAUUUGCAGGUUUGCCGAGCCUGGGUGGGUUUCAUACGUGAUGCUAUUGAUUUGCAUAUUCAGUGCCGCAAAACGCUGAGAAAAGAGAGUAGCAAACGUACACCACUGAGGAAAAAGGAAAGCAUAAAACAUUUUGGUGCAGACUAUAUGCUAAGUCCCAAGGCUAAAAAAUCGGAAUAUGAUACAAUUUUUCGUAAUAAAAAUCGAGCUACAGAUUCGGAAGACGAAACCGAGAUGGAUUCUUCAUUUGUAGCCAAGUCGUGUUUUGGUGGUGGUAGCAAACGUAAAUUAACACCAUUUGCCACCUCUAAUAUGGUUGAAAACUCGAAUACAAAGAAAAUUUGCAAGAUCAGCAACAAUAAUAAGCCGCUAAAAAGAACUGCUCCUAUGCCGCCGCCAUCAUCUAACCAAAACGAUGAAAAUAUUUUGCGUAAUAAACAACAACAACAAUCUAUUACACCGGAAAAACGUGUAUCAAAAUUGUAUAAAUUCAUAUCGAAUGACAAAAUGCGCUCAACCACCAGAGGGAUUUUAAAGAAAACUGCACAAAAUCAGGCGCAACAAAGAAAAAAUCUUAAUAUUCAACCUUCAAUCAGUAUCACCACCACAGAUCAUGAUCCAACUUAUGGUUUUGCCAGCCGUUACUCUGAUUCAAAAUCAUAUUUUCGCACACAAAAUGUGGACAACACAAUACCAAGAGCUGCACAACGCGACGAUCUUUUGCAAGUUAGUGUACCAGCGGAAGAAGGUGGUGGUGGCAACUUUCGUGAUAUUUUAUUUCCUCUACGAGCCAGCAAUGGCAGUAAUAAGAGUAACCACAGCAUUAAAGCCUUAGAGGCCACAGAUGCAACUACCACUACUUGGUGUAUGCCGGCUUCUUUAAGAGAUAAUUUUCAAGAUUUUAAUAUAUCUACGCCUCCACAAAAGAAACGAGUUAAAUUUGAUGACUCUUUGGAUAAUUUAUAUGAGCAGCCAACACCGUUUGAAUUUCAACGUGAAACUACAACAGUUACAAAUAUUGCUGCUGGAGCAGGCUCACGCAACUCUUUGCGUGAGAAAAUUUAUGAUUUUUUUGCUAAUUUAUUUUAAACGAUUUAUUAAGACUAACAACACCACAUCCAUAAGAUAUUACGAAUAUUACUUUAUAUAUUUUUUUAAAAACGUUUGUAUUUUUUAUUAAUAAUAAAAAAUUUUUUACCAA